AUGUCUCAACAAAUCGCACAAGCAAAAUCAAUGGCAAACUUAUUACAUGGAAGGACUCUACGCCCAAGAGGCCCAACACCAGGUCCGUCAGUAACUAAGAAGAAUAAGACUGAAAAUAAGAGAGAAGAAUCGAAGAGUCAAAAAGGAAAGAAGAAAGUGCAAGAAGUUGAACAAGUUGGAAUAGAAAAUACGUUAGAAGGUCAAAUCGAAGAAUACGGUGGGAAGUCAGCGGUAGAAGUCAAGCAAGAAGAAUUGGAAAAGAGAAUGAAUGAAGACAUACAUGAAGAACUCGAAAGCAGAGGUGGUGAUAUAGAUGAGAGAUUGAACGAAGCGAUGGAAGUCGAAAACAAAGUUGGAGAGAUAGAUCAUCACCAACCGUUAAUUGGUUUCGGAAGAACUCACCCGGCAGAUAAGCCUUGGGAUGAUGAGGCAUUUAGCGGUGAGGCACAAGCAGCUAUGUUAACAGGCCGUUUGGUGUCACAUUUGGCGACACAAGUGAUUCCGAAUCUACCAGAUAAUAAGACGUUAGUUAGUAAUCAAAGCAAAACUGGCAUCAACCCCUUCUAUAAAGGGAGAAAUUACGACCCACAUUAUGUAAAACCGCCACAAAAUCAAAGUCAUAGAGGUGGAUUUAAUAACUCCAAUACGAACUCCGGUGACCAAACCAGACCUCAUCCUUACUACCAAAACCAAAACCAAUCUUAUGGUAAUGGGGGAGGUAGAGCAAUAAGUAGUGGCAGUUAUGGUAUGAAUGGCGGAAAUGUACAAAGUGGUUCAGGUUCAGGUCGGCCGUUGAUAGGAGCGGGUAGUUUUGUGAGAGGAAUGGGUGCUGAUAGAAGUGGAAAAGGACAAAAUGUUAGCAAGAAUAACACAACAUCAAAGUGA